CACCUGGAGGUAACGCUUCGAGCUGGGGCUGGUGGCUGAGGCCCCGCUCAGCUCGUGACACGGGUGGUGCUGCCGGGAGCAUCCUGCAGGCUCCAAGGGUUUGUCCUUCCAGGUGCAGUCGCCUCGGGCUCAGCCUCCCGCCGAGGCUGUGGACACGGUGUACAGGUAAAACAGGCCUUGGAAAGGCAAAGCCUCUGCGGUUUCCCUUUCCAUCACUUGGAUGCCUCCCACAGGGGCACCUGCGUGUGCCCCCAAAACAAUUCCUUCCACGAGCUGGGGCGGGGGAUGCAUCCCGCACUCCUGCAGCACUGCUGGGGCAAGGGCUGGGCUUCCAGCAGCCUCCUCCUCCCUGCCGCAUGUCCCCAGAGAGAUCCCCUGAGCACGGUUCUCAGCCCCUGCCGCCUCCAUCUGUGGGGUGGAAGCUGCAGCAUCACUCACUCUGUGCCCAGAAGCCCUGUUCCAGUCCCGCAGCCGCUGUUCCCACCCACGGCAGCCGCUCAGCAGCUGGACAAGCUCCUGGCUGACCUGGGCCACAUGCAGAGCAAGAUGAGUCCCAGCCCUGGGGUAAAGGGGCUGGUUACUGACCUUUAAGCAGCUCUCGCCAUCCUCCUGCCUAGCAGUUUGCAGCAGAGGGGCAGGGAGCCCAGGAGCCAGAGGAGACCAAGCCCAAGCCCUCUCUGGACAGCAUGCUGCGCAGCCUCACCCAGGACCUGCAGGAGCUGGGCAUCACGGCCACCCCCACCAGUGUCUGCACCACCUGUCACAAGCCCAUCGCUGGCAAGGUGCUGACAGCGCUGGGCAGGACCUGGCACCCCGAGCACUUCACUUGUGUCCUCUGCGGACAGGAACUCAGUUCCCGGCCCUUCUUCGAGCGGGAUGGGCAGCCCUAUUGCGAGGAUGACUAUCACCAGGCCUUCGCGCCCUGCUGCGCCUACUGUGCUGGCCCCAUCCACGAGAAGGUCCUCACGGCGCUGGACCAGACCUGGCACCCCGAGCACUUCUGCACCAACUGCGGGAAGGUGUUUGGCAAUGACGGUACAUCCCAGGAGACAGGCUGGGGGAUUCUGCCCCGCUCUGGGUUUCCAGGUGCGGGAUGGGAGGCCAUACUGCCACCAGGACUUCCUGGCCCUGUUUGCCCCCAAGUGCCAGGGUUGCGAGAGCCCAGUGACAGGCAGUUACCUGUCAGCCCUGAGCGGGGUCUGGCACCCCAAGUGCUUCGUGUGCACGGACUGCCUGAGCGGCUUCAGCAGCGGCUCCUUCUUCGAGCUGGAGGGUCGGCCCUACUGCGAGCAGCACUUCCACCAGCGCCAGGGCAGCAUCUGCCAUGGCUGCGGCCGCCCUGUCACCACCCGCUGCAUCACAGCCGUGGGGUGCAAGUACCACCCCGAGCACUUCACCUGCACCUAUUGCCUGUGCCCACUGCACAAGGGCACCGUCCGCGAGCGCGGCAGCAAGAUGUACUGCCAGGCCUGCCACAAGCAGCUCUUCCUCUGAGCCCCGGCACACAGCCGCUCCUCCUGGGUGUCCCUCGCAUGGUCCCUGCUGCCACAAAUGUGAUUUGCUUGUUCCAGCCAUCAGCCCCCCUGCUUGGGUCCUGCUGAGCCAAAGUCCCUGGCCUCAUCUUUGCCAAGCCAGACAUCCCAAGCAUCAUUUCUUGUCAUCCCCUCCUCCAAGACAUUCCUGACAUUGUCCCUGCCCAGCCACACGUCGUAGGCUCUGCCCCCUUGACCUGAAACAAUAAAACACUUGGCUUUG